AUGGUCCUUGCGUUAUUGUUACCCAAUUCAUCGAGUAUUUUACCUUGGAUGAUGAGCACCAAUCCUGCUGCAACGACUAUCAAAGCUUCCGCGUUGGCCCAACGAGCUGGAUUGCACAUGAAGCGAUGCGCUUCCAAUGGACGGCUCUUGUCGCAAUCACUCUGUGUGAAUCCUUUUGAUGAUACGGACAACAAUACUACUACUAAUAAUGAUAAUAGCGAGACGAAUCAUAAUAAUAACAAGCAGCAACAGGAGCAAGGCGCAACCACCACCCUACAAAAUGCACCAUCCGACGUUCAUUUGAUUGUUCUCAUUCAUGGAUGGUUGGGAAAUCCCAAAGAAAUGGACGGACUCAAAGAAUCCUUGAUGGAACAAUCGCAGAUUCAACUGGACAAGGAAAAAGAAAAUGCUGACAAUAAGAAGAAGUCGUCAUCGUCAUCAUCGUCAUCGUCCAGAGUGGUAGUCCACUCGGUACGAUGCAAUGAUGGAAAAACCUCCGAUGGCAUUGUGGCGGGUGGAAAACGCGUCGCUGCGGAAAUCAAUGAAAUGAUUCAAGAAAUACGAGAUCGUUCUACUUCUACUACCAAUGUCAAUGAUGAUAAUAAUAAUAAUAAUAAUAAUGGUGGCAAUAUUCGAUUGUCCAUUGCGGGAAAUUCCUUGGGUGGCUUGUAUGGUCGUUACGCCCUUUCGGAAAUUGAUUGGACGACCAAGGACACUAAUAACAAUGAUGGUGAUGAUGAUGAUCCACAACAACAACAACAAGAACAAGCACCAGCCCAGUCCCAAUUGAUUCCGCAUUACUUUGUCACGACGGCCACACCACAUUUGGGUUGCGGCUUUCAACAAACCUAUCUUCCAUUACCACGAUUCAUUGAACAUCCCCUGGGGAACAUUAUGCUACGCACGGGACAGGACCUCUUUCGACUAUUUUCCGGCAAAGAUGACAUCAUUCAAGAAAUGGCCUUUUCGCCCACCUUUUUGAAUCCUCUCCGCAAGUUUCACAAACGCAUGGCCUAUGCCAAUGCUCAUGGAACGGAUUUGCAAGUGCCGUUGCCAUCGGCCGCCUUUUGGGCUCCCACCGACUCGGUGCACACGGUGGUCGAGCACGAUGCGGAGCAUGCCUUUAUUGUGCCACGAGGGGUGGCACUGACAUUGACCACACCCAAACAAGAGGAGGAGGAAUCUAACAGUAUUAUUACGGAACCCAAACAGGUUGUCGCCACCUCGGAAGAAAUAUCCAAACGAUUGGAUCAAUUGGGCUGGACCAAGGUACUCAUUGAUGUUCGACAUGAAAUGCCCAUUAAUCUGAAUACGGCUGUCGACAAUGAGUCAGCAUCCACUAGUAGUACUAGUAGCACUAGUAGCACUGAAGACGCAAACGAGCAAAAGCAGCAAAAGCAGCAAUGGACCGCCAAAGAGCUGCUGGAACAAUUUGAUACAGGACGACUCAAGUCUCUACCAAUUGGUCACAUGGUCAUGGUGGCCAAUUCCAAGAAUGAAUUCUAUCGAAACAUGUGCAAGCCUGGAAUCCCAAUCAUGGAUUAUCUGGCCAGGGAAAUUAUCAAUUCCAUAUGA